AUGAUGGAGGGGGUCCUGGAGACCAAAACCCAACAGCUUCCCAAGCUCAGCACCGUGAAAUGGUUCUUGGUCUUGUCCCCACCGUACCAAAAUAUUCACCUCCUGGACAAGCUCCUUGAGUCCCAGGAGAGAAAAGAAGCUGAGCUGCCCGGCUCGAAAGGUCGUGAUCAGUGGCACAAGGUCUGGCUGGAAGCCAGUCACUGGUGUGACUACCGGGACACGGACACGAUCAGACCGCGCCAUGAUCUUGUCCUUCCUCACCACCAUCCCGAGAGUGUCACAGCUUUCUGCGAGGAUGUUGACCGAAGGGACUGGGUCCAGUGCCCUGACCUUCAUCCUUACCGGCAACCAAUGAGCAGCUACUGGAUGGCAUUGCCUCUCUGCUGCCUGUACCUCCUCAUGCUCCUGGGGAACUGCACCUUACUCUGGAUGAUAAAGACAGACCGCAGCCUCCAUACACCGAUGUACUAUUUCCUCUCCAUGCUCUCUGUGGCAGACCUGGGCUUGUCUCUCUCCACCCUGCCCACCAUGCUGGCCAUUUUCUGGUUUGAGUCCACCUCCUUCCGUUUUGAGGCAUGCAUUGUCCAGAUGUACUUCAUCCACUCCUUCUCUGCCAUCGAGUCUGGGGUCCUGGUGGCCAUGGCUUUUGACCGCUUUGUUGCUAUUUGCUACCCUUUGCGCUAUGCCUCUGUCCUGACGAGCUCCCUGAUAAUGAAGGCAGGGGGACUGAUCUUCAUGCGGGGCAUCUGUGUGGUGCUACCCGUUGCUGUGCUUAUUAGGAAGAUGUCUUUUUGCAGGUCCCAUGUCCUGUCUCACUCCUUCUGCCUGCACCAGGACAUGCUGAGGCUGGUUUGUGGGGAUGUGAAGGUUAACAGCUUGUACGGGCUAACCGCGGUGAUACUCACCAAGGGACUGGACUCCCUGACCAUCCUCCUGUCUUACAUGUUGAUCAUCAGGGCCAUCUUGAGCAUUGUCUCCCAGGAAGCACGAGGCAAAGCCUUUAGCACGUGCAUCUCCCACCUCUGUGCCGUCCUGAUCUUCUACAUCCCACUCAUUGGCUUGUCCAUCAUCCACAGGUUUGGGAAGCACCUGCCCCCCCUCACUCACACACUCCUGGCUGAUGCCUACCUCCUGGUGCCACCUGUCCUGAACCCACUCGUGUACAGCUGGAAAACCAAGCAGAUCCGCAGGCGGAUCCUCAUCCUGCUCUGCCGGAGGGGGACCCAGCAGUGGCUCUAG